GCUCGGUGCCAUGGCAGAGGCUCUGCCCGAACCCACAGUGAGAAGGAAAAAAAGCAUAACUAUCGAGGAGAAAAUCGACAUCAUAAGCGCUGUGGAGAGCGGCAAGAAAAAGGCGGACAUUGCAGCCAAGUAUGGCAUCAAGAGGAACUCCCUCUCUUCGAUUAUGAAGAAUAAGGAAAAAGUUUUGGAAGCCUUUGAAACUUUGCGGUUUGAUCCUAAAAGGAAAAGGCUGAGGACUGCUUUUUAUGCCGACCUGGAGGAAGCCUUGAUGAAGUGGUACAGAAUUGCUCAGUGCUUGAAUGUGCCGGUCAAUGGCCCUAUGUUGCGCCUCAAGGCGAAUGAUUUUGCCCAGAAGCUUGGACACAGUGAUUUUAAAUGCAGCAAUGGCUGGCUCGAUCGUUUCAAGUCGAGGUACGGUUUAGUUUUCAGAGCUCAGCCUGUAGAAGCAGCUGCUACUCCUGCAGUGGGUGCUCCAACUCUUUGGUACCAAAAUGUGCUUCCUUGUUAUUUAAAUGAUUAUCAGCCAAAAAAUGUGUUUUACAUACAGGAGACUGGGUUGUUGUAUCAGAUGUUACCACAUAACACGUUUACAUUUAAAGGGGAAGCUUUUUCUGUAGGCAAAGAAAGCAAAGAGAGCAUCACUGUAGUGGUGGGUACAAAUAUGGAUGGCUCUGAGAAACUCCCACUGCUCGUUAUAGGAAAAAGCAAAAGUCCACACUUUUUCAAAGAAGUGAAAUCGCUGCCAGUGGAUUAUGAAGCAAAUGAUAGGGCGUGCAUGACUUCAAAAAUCUUUGAACAGUGGAUGCACAAACUCGAUCACAGAUUCCAAGCACAGCAGCGCCGAGUGGUUAUUCUUGUUGAUUCUCUCCCAGCUCACACAGAAGUAAAGAACCUGAAGUCUGUCAAAUUGGUGUUCUUUCCUCCAGACUCUUCUUCAUGUAUAGCUGUGAAAGAAAGGAUUAUCAAAAUUCUGAAGGUAAAAUACAGGCGCUGUCUUAUCAAGAGAUUUGUUGACUGUGUAGAAAGUAAUAAAGAGUUUAUGCUGACCCUUCUUGAUGCAAUUGAGAUGCUGUACCUGUGCUGGAGGGAAGUAACACCAGAGACUAUUGCAGAAAGUUGCAAUGGAGCAACUUUCAAAUUAGAAACUGAGACAAAUGAUAAUGACAAUGAAGUUGAAAGUGAUUUGGAUUUGAUUGCACAUGCACGGGCAGCUGGAGUAGACUUUCCAGAAGGCUUGUCUCUGGAAGAAUAUGCAGCUAUAGAUGAUGGCUUGGUAACUUAUGAAAUGCCCACAAAUAAUGAAAGGAUGUGUGCCAAAGAAAGUGCAUCAGAUAAAGCUGAGACAUUUGUUGGUGAUGAAGAUAAGGAUGAAGGUGAUCAACUUCAGGGAGCUGAACAGCUUUUACCAUCCAAAAAUGAGGCUUUGAGUGCUUUAGAUACCCUUCGAAAGUUUCUCGGAAGUCAGGACACAGAUGAUUCUCUUUAUGAUUCCCUAGCUGACUUGGAGAAUUUUAUUCAACAUGUAGCAUGUGAAUAAAUAUUUUAGCAAAGUGGGAAAGCAUGUAAUUGGGGAAAAAACAAAUUAUAUAGUCAAAGAUGUUUUAAAAACAAGCAUUGCUGAAACGUUCUCUGGUAUGUUUUGCUCAGGUGCCUAGAUGAACAUAACAAAACAAUGAAAAAAGGGCUGUGAACUGAAAUUUUCCACAAAAUCAGGAGCAAAUAACAUAUGUUUGAGGUGAAGAGAGGGAGUAAGCUGAACCUUUAAAAUGCUAACUGUAAUAAGUACAGUGGAGGUAAAAGGAAUUCUUUGAGCAGUUUGGUGAACUCAGGAUAAACUGUUGACCACUUGGAAUUCUUUCUUCAAGAAGACACUAGCACUAUUACACAUCAAUAAUUUCACUGGUGUUUUUGGAGUUUUGACAGUGGAGUAGUAAAUAUUUAUCACCUUGGUGCUUUUGAUACAGAAACACACAAAUGAAUAACACAGAAAAUACAUGUUUAAAUUCUGAGAAGUAAGGUAUUUUAAAAAGAAAUAUUUUUUGCCCUUUAUCAAGAAUUCUGGCCAUCUUUACUCUUGCAGCAGAUGAUGAACAGCAGAAAGUUACCACAACUUUGAAUGUGUUGUUUUGUUUUCUUAAAACUUCUCAUGUGUGGGUACACUCAAAUGCCAUAAUCAUUUAUCCAAGAGUCAAAAGGACAAACAAACCUUUACUUCAAAAAGUAAGGCCAUUCUCUCCUUUUCAGCCUCUUUGGUGCAUAGAUUUGAUGUAGGUUUUUUUGUGCAACUCCCUUAAUUUCUACAGGAAAUUCAGAAAAAAAUCCCAGUAUCUGGAGUAAAAAUCUCACUGAGCUCUUGUUUUAUUUUCAGUACUUGGAGGCUUUGCUGUAGGAUUCAAUCAACUAAUGUAGGUAAUCACUACAAGUCCCAUGAGAAAGGGUGCUGUUUGCAUGAUUGCAGUGUGAAGUUGUGUAAAUCACAGUCAUUUACAUGUCUUUGAGUGUGCAUUUCAAACAAGGUAAUGAUACCAGAGCCAAAACCCAUAGUGUAUAUGAACUUCUGGCUCUUCUCAAAACCUGUUUUAAAUCUUUUCCAUAUCUAUCAAUAUAAUUUUUUUUCAAAAGUUGGAGAUAAUCAUUUUUCUAAUUUAGAGGCCCUUUAGGAAGACUGCAUAAUAAAAAAAUCUAUUAUGCUGCCUAAAAUUAAACCAUGAGAAAAAAAAUCUCAUGCAUAUGUGAAUCUUCAGUUUUAAAUAAAUAGUUUGGCUAUAGCUUUGUUUACCUUUUUUUUCUGGGGUAGGACAGUUUAUCCAUUUUCAUUAUUGUGAAUUCAUUUCAGAAAAUGUAUCAGAUUGUUGGAAGACAGUGAAAAUAUUAGGGUUGGUGAGAAAAAGCUUCUGGCUGUAUGAAAGUUUUGCUAGAACCCCUUCCAAAAAACCGCCCCAAACUUCUGGUUUCUUGUUGUGAAAUAUAUUCUGGCAAUUCCAUCCAAAGGAUAUUCUGAUUAAUUAAGAAAUUUCUGUUGAAAUCCCAAUAAAUAAAGUUCUACAUGGAGAUUUAAAGAAUCGGUCAAAAAGGUACUCCACUGAAUUAUCUGUUCUAGGUAUUUAUUAUUUUAAAAUACUGAUGCAAAAGCUUUUAAAAUAACAAUCUGUGUCCCAUUCUUCUUGCCUAUAUACUUUAGAACGAGCUUAUGAAAAGUACUUUCGAUUCUGACUAAGCUUAUUUGAAGUUCACCUGAAUCCCACAGACAUCUGUAGAUAAUUUUCCUAUAGUAACCUUUUGAUUUAAAAUCUAUUUCUUUGCAACAGCUUCUUCUGCUAAAGGCAAGUUUAGGGAAAAGUUUCUUUUUUCUGUAUAGAAAAUGUGUAAUUUCUUAAGAUUUGACUCCAUGUGGCCCUCACUCUCCUGGGUUCCAGAUAAAGGAACUCUCUGUUGCCUUCUGAGAGAAUUCAGAGUGUGAGAGUGUUGGAUCUGAAUGAGAAAGACUCAUGUAUGUAAGCAGCAAAUCUUGGUUAAACAAGGGUGCACUCUACAAGAGGUGUAACUUUUGCAAGAAGAGGCUUGUAAAAUCAGGAGAUGGGAAAUAACAUUGUUAGCUGGAAAGGAAGGAAGUGAAUUACUGAGUGUUUUCAUACUCUCUUAGGAAAGCAACAGGAAGGAUUUACUAAUUUGGCCUGGACUUUGAAGGUGAAUUGUGAAAUUUGCUUUAAAAAAAGCAUACGGCCUGUCAAAAUCCUGUAUCUUUAGAGAAUUUAUGACUUCUUCCUAGACUCCUAGUUUAUUCUGAGAAACCAAACUAAAAUGCACUCACUGAAACUGGUUCUGUAAGUCAGACAUUUUAAAUUCUAACACUAUAGCUUUCAAAGUUAUUUAGAAGCCCAAAUAUUUCUCCUCUCUUGGAUUUUGGUCACAUUUAUAAUGAGUGAAAAUGAAAUUCUGAAGUUGUUACUUUUUCGUGUGUUUGUCAUGGGGAGAUGCAGACUCCCAGAUCUGAAAUACAAACAGUGGAAAAGGAAGCAGUGUGUUGUGUAAAUGUUUGUCAGUUCAGCCUGUGCACACAGUUUGAGCUGGAGUUUUCUUUACAUUGUCUGGGUAAACCACCAGGACACUGGUUUUUUACAUCUUGGGAUGGUAUCUUUUGGAGGGAGAGGAAGAAUAUAGCUUCAUAUUUAAAAUGAAGAACCUUUUCUACAAAAGGCAGGUAACUAAGGCUGUUGUUUGCUUUAAUACUUUAAUAUUAGUAUGGACAAUAAGGUGCUUUUUCUCUAUAGCUUUUCUGCUUCAUGUUAUGGUUAGAUGGUGAUUAUGUUCUUCAGCAUCAAGACAGUGAGGUUGCUUUCGGUAACCCAAAAGUGACUUCUAGAAGUGGGAACUGAAAAUAUGAAGUUUUAAAAAUAUAACUGAUGUCUAGACAAGGUCAAAAUAGAAAAAAAUAUUUGGAAAGUAUAUUUGAUAAAAUAAAAAACAUACUCAGAUUCAUUAUUGAGAUAAGUAAUACGUAAAAUAAAUAUGCUCUUCAAAAAUGCAUGGUUUUUGAAAACUGCAAAAAAUAUUACACUGUGAUUUUGUUGUGUGUUUGUUACUGUGUGUGCAGUUCUGGAUACCUUUCAGAUCUAUAAAACUACGUCUUCCUUUAAAACUGCCACCAAAAGGAAGAUUGCUCUCCUUUGGUAAAAGGAAGUAAUGACUUUUUUCCACCCUUUGGCAAAAAUGGAAGAGAGGAGGCAAUCAGGGAUUUAUAAGAGAGCCAUCCAUGUGUGCCUGUAUAUCCAAGAUUUGUGACAUUUUGAUAGCUAAGCAAUCAUGGAAGUAAAUGAGUUGAUGGUCUCACAUUAUUACUCAAAUCUUGAGAAUAAUACCCUCAAACACACAGAGUCUUAGAUGAUUUUAAAUUUUAUGUGCAAUAUUUUUGUAAACUUAAUUUAAAUUGUAACAUGAGAAUAUUAGUAAAAUACCUCCAAGUUUUUUUGGUGGCUGUUUGUUGAAGUGUGGUAGAGUAGUGAAGUAGAGUAAUAUUGGCCAGUAUACUCAAGACUUACCUGAAAUGUGUGGUGACUGGGCAACCAUGGAAUGUAAUGACAGUGUUUUGUGUUAUUUUAUUCCUUUAAUAUCAAUAAAAGCUGGUGCUUCUUA